UACAAUCUCACGACCACGAUAUCACGACCUAUUAUAUACCCCGCGCCGGCUCGCAGCAUUCUGACGUUCAGCGAUUUUGGACGCAAUUGCACGAGAAGCUCGAUUUUGGCCCUCCAUUCCGCUACUCAUUCCGGCAUUCCAGCUUGGUCUGAAUAUCACCGCCCUCAGACACAAUGCCCUCGUCCGACAGGGACGGGUCCCGGGACCGGGAGCUUGUGCGGCACUCACAUUCUUUCUCAAUCGAGGGGAGGGCACCUAUACCAAUGUGGGACAGCUCAGAUCCAGAGCGCGCACCGCCGCCACUGCCACUGAACCCCGGCUCUCCCAGUCUCACCACGCGUCAAGGCACAUCAGCCGCGAUCGCAAACGCAGCAAAGGCACUGGAAGAGAAGGCGCGAGAGAGCUUACCUACGAGCUCAUACACCACUAACCCCAUGCCACAGAGGUCUCCCGAGCGAUCGUUGAUAAAGGGCGCUCAGCACAAGCGCAUGCAGUCGCUACAGACAACAGGUGUGAGGGACUUGAGGAGUUAUCUAGACGCGCACAGGUCGCCAGAGCGAUCGCCGGAGCGACCAGCGACGAGAGCUGGAACGCCGUCUCGUGAUACAGAGAAGGACUACUUUGGACGGGACCACAGCCCCUCCCGGGGGACCACGCCCACGCCUUCGACCCGCGAUGUGCUCACCCAUACGCCUAGCCUGCGACCGUCGUCACGACCAAUUCUAGGAGAGAACACGCCACCAUCGGCCACCAUGAUGGCACUGCAGACUAUGACGGUCCCUCCGCAUGUGCUAGAUCCUCCCCUGUCAAACGUCACCAAUUCCGCGCCGAAACCCCCGCAGCCCGGCUCUCAGACGUUCGACGCCAUCUCGAACCAGCUGCUCAGCAUCACCAACAUCGUAUCAAACCUGCAAAAGGACAUGACGCAGCUAAGCCGCCGCAGCAAGGACAAUGCGACGGAUCUGGUCAGCCUGAAGGAAGCUACGAGCCAGCGUGACGAGGACAUUCGAAAGUCGCUGAAGGACCUUGUGGCCACAAUGAGCCAUACCCAUCACGGUCCUGCCACGCCCGGCGACAUGUCUCGUUCUGGCAGCAGCUUGAGCAUGAAGGACCCUCACAUGACGCCCACCAAGCAGUUCACUCUGCCACGAAUACCAUCCCCCGGCAGUUUCUUACUGGACGAGAGAAUUGGCAGUCCGAACCCUUACUCCGUCGAAGGUGCCGCUAGCGUCGCUAUGCUCGAGAAGAUUAUACGGGAAAUGGUGACCAAGGACGGGCAGGAGCGCCUCAUCACCAACCUCCAGAAGAUCGUGGACAAUGCCACAGGCGAGACGGCGAAGAAGGUAUCGGAGCUCGUCGAAUUCGUUAAGCAGAGUUCAGCAAACCAUGCCCUCGUGCCUGUCGCUUCUUCUGCGUCGGGUUCGAUUCAACCUUCACGCGGCCCAGGCACCUUGACACGCACAGCAACUGAAGGCUUCCCACUACAGAAGGUCGCUGAGGGAGGCAAGCCGUACGCAAGCCCCAAAGCAGCCGACUUUGUCAGCGAAGAGAUGCUGAAGUUCUUGCGCAAAAUCAAGGACAGCGUUGCUGAGUCGGGCUGCGUCACGAUGGGGACAAAGGCCCUCAUACAGGACCUUCGCGGUGAGGUCCUCGGCAUGGGCAGAGAACUUGCACGCAAGAUCGAGGAGGCCGAGAAAGUCACUGGAGAACAGCGCGCUAUCGAAUCAGGGCAACCAAGCAAUGAAGUCGGCCGGGUCAUCCAAGAAGGACUCACAGAUGUCAAAGAGCACUUGGACAAGAUAAUGCGCGAGAGGAGACGGCAAUCCAUGUCAUCCACCAUAACUCGAAACACCGUGGACAGCAACGAGGUGUAUGACGUUGUCAAGCAUGCCUUGGCCGAGCGCGGCCUUGAUCAGUAUUCUCCUCAAGCAAUGUCUAUAGAUAAGGAAGCCAUCAUAUCCGCCGUUCGGGAGGCCUACGAAUCGUACAAGACGGACAUCCAGGUCGAACAGUUUGGCCUCGAGCGCGACGAAAUCCUUCAGUGUCUUCGGGAAGGUCUUGAGGAUUAUCGUGGCUCAGGUGGUGUGACCAAGGAGGAGAUUGAACAAAUCAUUCACGACUCUAUUCAACACGUCAAGUUGCCGCCGCCCAUUAACGAAGCCCACGAGGUUCGAGACGAAGUUCUGCUCGCCGUACGCGAAUGUCUGGAAGAUUUCAAGCCGUCGAUGGUACCCUCUCAGCCGAGCUCUGAAGGUGCAUCUCGUGAGGUCAUCCUGGGAGCCAUCCGGGAAGGAAUGUCCAGCACGGAUCUCAACGUCAGCAUUGACCGUGAAGAUCUUUUCGAGGCUCUCAAAGCGGGAGUAGAGAUGUUGCAGCCUCAUGUUUCCUCUUCCCAUGACGGCGCUGUCUUGCAGCGCUUACAGUCUUUGGUCGACGAAAUGCAUUCAGAGUUCAAGGCAUACUCCUCUGCCAAUGGCCGCGACACUGAGCAAGUCCUAGACGCCCUACGCGAUGGGCUGGAUCACCUCCGAACUCAGAUCGAGACAUAUAUCGAUAAGGCCCAGGACGUUACCCAAAAGGAUGAGAUUGUCGAUAACAUUCGUUCCGAGCUAGAGCGGUUGGGAGGCGAUGUCCAACGUUCCGUUGCCGAAGGUCAGCGUUCUGGUGAUACUGUCGCUUACAUCAGAUCCGAAUUUGAGCACCUACACGAAGAACUGUCCUCUCAGUUGCUCCCUGCCGCAACGGCAAAGGAGGAAAUCCUUAAUGCUCUCCACUCCGGAUUCGAAAGCAUGAAAUCGCAAGUCGCCACACGGGAUCCUGAUCUCGGAUCGAACGACGAAAUUAACGAAGCGAUGAAGCAAGAAUUCGAUCAGCUCAAGGACAUUAUCCUUGGUGAUACUGCGAGUCACAAGGAUGAAGUGCUAGAGAAGUUACAGGCUGGAUUUGAUGAGCUGCAUGCUCGGCUUGGUAACCAGGACGGUUCGUCUAAUUCAAGCGAUGAGGUGCUUAGGACAUUAAAGGAGGAGCUAGAGCACUUACGAGAGGCUCUGGCUGGAAGUCUGGUACGGGCUGGUGGCGCUGCGGACAAGGACGAUAUGGUCGAUGCCAUACGAGAGCUCAUCGACGAUCUGCGCUCUUCCCAGGAAAACAUGUCGAAGGACAGCAUUGCUUCCAUCCAAGUGAGCCUGGAUAAUCUAAAAGAGUCUCUCGGUACCGCUCUGGUCCGUGCGGAGGGCCCUGCUGAAAAGGAAGAGAUCCUGGAGCUUCUCAAGAAUGGCUUGGAAGAGAUCAAGGUGAGCUCCAAAUCGAUAGGCAUCAACGACGAACUCCUAGAAGCUUUCCGUGGUGAGCUGGAGCAAGUGCGUCAAUCGAAUGGUCUAACCCGACAGCAUGCGCGGGCCGAUACCGAAGAGGUGCUCGAAGCUGUGCGACUUGGUCUUGACGAUCUGCGAUCCCAUUUAGAGAAGAGGCUCGACAAUCCCGAGCGUCAACUGUCCGCAACCAACGACAUCAUCGACGCUCUUAACGACGGACUCGAAGGUCUCCGUACCGACAUUGUCAAAGCCGUUGACAAACCAGUGGACAUGACGGUAUCCUACGAAAUCUUAGACACUCUAAAGGCUGGUCUGUCAAGCUUGCGGGAGGAUAUGGACAAGCUCCGCGGCAGGACCGACUCUUCGCCCCUGGGAGAGGACUCCACACCGACCGGAAACGAAGUGGUCCUUGCAGAAGAUCCAGACCAAGCACAGGAAGAAGCUGCAAGCCGAGACAUCGUCGGAGAAUCUCUGCGUCGCAAUGACCUCGAGAAGAUGGAGCUCAUGCUUUCUCAGCUGCAGAUCAAGGUGGAGGCCAUGGAUGCCAACCUCCAAAACCCAACACCUCCAGCUGAGCCAACUGUGGCUACAGGAACGGCGAUGAAGGACGACUUAGCAAGUAUUGAGGAGUUACUCAAGGAUCUUCAGGCAGCUGUUCUGGUGUUGCAGGAUCGGGAGCAAUCAGCUCUUGCUACAGAGGGACUUGCAACCAAGGAGGAUACCGAUGCCAUCGAAACUCUUCUCGGCAAUACGAAGGCCAAAAUAGACGAGCUUGUUUUCCCGGACCCAGCGACUAUGGUCACCAAGGAGAACUUGGACGAUGUCGAAUUGGUCAUUCGAACUACCUCGGAAGCCAUUGAUGUGCUCGCCAAGAAGAUCGAAGAGGAGGGCGCCACGAAGGCCGACGUUACCGUGGUCCAGGUCAUCGCCGACGAUAUCAAAACCGCGCUCGAUGAGAUGAAGGCAGCAAAAUCGGACGAUGAGGCAGAGCCCAAGGCUACCAAGGCCGACGUUGAUGCUCUUACCUUGCUCAUUGACGAAGUGAAGGCGAAGUUCGACGAACUGAAGAUUCCCAACCCAGAUGCUCUCCCGUCCAAGGCUGACCUCGAGCAACUGACGGACCUAAUACACGAUUUCCGCUACAGCCACGAUCAGGUGAGGGACCAAUACGAGCAAGAUGUCAAAGUGACAGCGGCGGCAUUUGAUGAUCGGAGAAAGGAGGCUGAGGGCUUCGCUGAAAACUUCAUCGAGGUCAAAGCUGCAUUGGACGAGAUCAAGGAGGAAAUCAAGACUAAUCUUGCCGAAGGAGGGCCCGUGGAUAACCUAAAGGAAUCCUUCAAGAGCCUUGAGGAUACCGUCGGAACCAACUUCAACAUUACUGCGGAUGUGAAGGAGCUGAUGGAGACCGUCUCCCGGGAGUUCGAGCGCGCUCAUGGAUCCAUUGAGGCUCUCCAGAACGACCAGGCCGAGAAGUCGGCACUCAACCUGGAAAAACACGACGAGGGUAGGGACGCGAUUAUCUCCGGCCUCGUCGAAAAGAUCGAUGACCGCUUCAAUACUCUCAUGGCCAAGUACGAUGAUGCCCAGCUUCUUGCUGACGAGCAGGCAAAGGUCAUGAAAGAGAAAGCGGAAGAGCAAGAGAAGAUUCUAGAGGAUACUAAGAGUAUGGCAGAAGAACUCCGCCUUACGAUCGACACUCUCGGAACUUCCAUCACUACUAUGAACGAUCGAUUCGACGAAUCAACCCAGAAAUGGACCACUGACGCCUCAACUGUUUUUGGAAAGAUUGAUGACGCAAUGGUGAAGCUUGAGGACCAAAAGCUAGAGGACAAGACGGAGCACUCGCAUACCCGUGAUGAGAUCAAGAACAUCGAGCGUAUCUUCAACGGCCUGCAAGACAAUGUGACGGAGUACCAUCCCAAAUUCAUGGUGGCCCUUCGUGAGAUCGAGGCUCUGGUCAAGGCCCAUUAUGAACACUCGCAGAAGGCGAAGGAGGAAGCUGAUGACCGCAUUCGCUCCAUGAACGAGGAUGCGAAAUCCCGGGCUGAAGAGCUGCAGAAGCACUUUUCUAGCCUCCCCGCCUUACUACCUCCUUCCGCCCCAGCAAUCGAGAUGCCCGAGAAGUACGACGACGCUCAAGUUCAGGAGAAGCUUGACAAGCUGCUUGGCCACGUGGACGAGGCCGACAAGGCGACAACUCAGCUUGAGCGGCUCGAUGAGAUCCAUGCUCAAGUUAAGGCCACUGCUGCUGAAAUCAGCGAGCUCGUCUCUAAGCAGACCCAACUUAUCACUGACGGCAACGAAGCUAAGGAGCGAGAAGCCGAGGAACUAGCUCUGCUUGUCGAGCGUAGGACUACGCAGAAGGAGCAGCUUGAAGCCGAUAUUGAAAGUCUGAAGGCCGAGAAGCAGAGCAUGAUUCAGGAACUCAAUGCCGAGAAGGAGCGCUCUAUGGCGGAGUUGAAGGAAGAGAAGGAGCGCACCAUGAUCGAGCUCAAGGAAGAGAAGGACUCUCUACUCGCCAUCGUUGCGGCAUUGCAGGCCGAGCGCGAGAACCUCGCUAAUCAGAAGGUUCGCUUGACUGGUGAGGUCUCUUCCCUGCACACUGCUCUCGAGAUCCGGAGGGAGGAGCUGCACCUGAUGGACGCGAAAGCCGAUGCUCUGGAACGUCGUAUCCUCAAUGGUAUCAUGGACCACUCUCGCGCACUCAUGAUCGCCAAGGGUGGACAGAAGAGCCCCAGCAAGCUGAAGAAGCGCAUGAGCGCCGAUGUCUCGGAAGAUGUCACCAAGUUAAUGCCUCCCCCGAGCGCGGCAGCAAGCGCCCUCUCCCUGGCCUUGAGGCCUCGUCCAGCCAUACGCCACAACGGCCCGCCGCAGAACCCCGCCAGCCGCCGUAUUCAUUCGCUUAGCCAGAUCAGCGGCAACGCCCCGGCUGGAGCACAAGCAUAUCCGGUCACCGGCAACAGCACUACCAACCCCGGUGGGCUGAAGCGAAGCCACUCUGUCAAGACCAGCUACUUGCGCAAGGGCUCUUGGGGUGGCCGGCCAAACGUUGCCGUAGCCAACAAGGAGAAUGAGGUUCUGAGCGAAGAGGAUGAGCAUGCUCUUGAGUCCGUUCCUGCCCCUGAAUCCAUUGGAGACACCCAUUCAAUUAUCGAAGAGGACGCUCAAGAUGACAUCCAGAGCCAGACGGGUACCGAGCGCCGUCAUAGCUUGGGCGCUGGGUCUUAUGCUGAGAGCUAUGCCGAGAGCUAUGCAGAGGGCGAAACCCCUGGCUUCGAUGGUCGCUCGAGCUUUGGUGGCACAGGCAGCGAGUACACGUAUGCUUCUGGUUCCUACAUGACCGGAAGCGACAUCGAUCGACGCACCUCUUACGGUUCUACCGCUCGCUCUACCCUUGCUGGUGGCGCCGAAACCAUUGACGAAGGAAGCGAAGAUGGAGCCAGUCACGUUGAACAUUCUGACGACGAAGAUGAUGAUCCCACUGAGAUUAUCGGCGAUGCUCCGGCACCGUCCGAAGUAAACGGCUCCGAUGUUACCGCCUCCGAGGUAUCCACUGCGACCGCCGGCGCUGAUGAGAUGCCCAUGCCCACGGAAUCCGAAGUUGACCGCGCCGUCGAAGCCGUCAAGGAAGAGAUGAAGAAGGAGUACGCCCCACACACCGACUCGGGUGUCGGCACUGAUCUGCCGACCGCGGCACUAGAGAACCAGAGCGCGGUGGACGCGGACUACUUCAGGCGCGCGGCGGAAGAGGAGAGCACGGUUGGGUGAGUGGUGUUGAUGGAUUUUGUGCGUUGUUUGUAAGGACUUGUCGCUCUCUUGAGGCGGUCUCCUUUUCUUUUGCAUACCUUGCAAAAUCUUCGUGGUCAUUACUUACGAGGCUAGAGAUUAGGGCGUUUGGACGGGGUGGUUUUGCAAGGACCAUGAGGGAGGGGCUUGCUGCACUGGGAGUGUGGGAUGCGGGAUUGUUUUAAAGGGACUCCAGGCGGAGUCACGGUUGGUUGGCGUUGGAACGAGUAUUGUUUCUUAGUGCUUUUUGCAACCGGGCUUCCUCUGGAUAUGUCGUCGCCACGCUAAAUUGGCAACCGUGGAGGCUUGACUUGUCCCAUAGGAUGAAAUCGUUUAUGAGUGUAAUGAACAUGUUCGCUUC